CUUCGACAUGAAAUCUGUAGUGCUCGCCCUCCUUGUCGCCGUGGCCUGUGCCGACCAGCUGUAUCAUCCCCCAGCAACGGGAUGACUCCGACGAGGUCGCCAUCUUGAGGGACGAGCGCGUGAUCGAGGACGACGGAAGGUACAACUUCGACAUGGAGGCUGCCAACGGAAUCGUCAUGUCUGAAUCUGGCUCUCCUGGAGAGGAUGGAGCCAUCAACAGUGCUGGAUCUUUUUCGUACACCGCUCCUGACGGCAGUGACAUCCGCCUCCAGUACGUAGCUGACGAGAACGGCUUCCAGCCCCAGGGUGACCACCUGCCUGUGGCCCCCGAGUUCCCUCAUGAGAUUCCCGACUUCGUCCUCAGGCAGAUCGAAUUCGCCAAAGAGGAAGACGCCCGCAAUGCCCGUGGAGAGAUUUCACGGUCUUAUGGUGCUCCUCAUGAUGACUAAAGCCCUUCAA